ACUACAAUAUACCGUCUUUUCCUUCCUCUCUCUAGUUAUACAUCGUACAUAUACGAACUGUUGUUCCUUUCUCCUUCAAAGCAGCUGGUCACAGAAAAACCUAGAGCUCCAUCAAAUAUACGCGACUUUUUUUUCUCUCUAGCUAUACGCUGUAUACUGUUUUUCCUUUCUCCCUCCCGGCUGGUCGCAGAUUUAGCUAGGGCUUCAUCGAAUAUACGUAGCAAUUUACUAAUGCAUAACGAGUGAGGGAGAAUAUUUACCAAUUGUGUCUUCAAUUCCUCGGGUUAAUUGCAGCUAAUAUUUUCCCUAAUCUCUAUUUUAUAUCUCUCGCGAAUUUGAGGUACGGUUCUAGAUGGAGGAUUGACAAGAAGUCAUUUGAUGGUACAAUAGAGAAAAGGCACCCACCAAAACUGCAUUCUGGAAUUGAGAUACUUAAUCAAGUGCAAGAUCUUGAAGGGCAAUCAUUAAUAAAGGAUCUUAAGAAGAGGAGAUAGAUAUCAUAUAAAAAGCGAAAGGAUAAUUGGACCAAAAAGAGUAUCUUUUUUAAAAUUGCUUAUUAGAAAUAUCUCUUGUUGUGACAUAGUUUUGAUGUUAUACAUAUUGAAAAAAAAUAUGUGAUAGUUUUUUGGGGACAUUCAUGAAUGUCAAAGAAAAAACCAAAGAUACAAUUAUAACCCUGUUAUAUUUGCAAGAAUGAACAUUAGGCCGAAAUUUCACCCUAUCUAAAGAGAGAAUGAAGUCGAAGUUCCAACAAGCAUGCUACACAUUGUCUCCUGAAGAAAAACACAAAUUAUGUAUUUUCUUGAAGAAUUUAAAGGUCUUGGAUGAAUUUUCAUCUAAUAUUUCACAAUGUGUGAACUUGAAAGAGCACAAGAUAUAUAGUUUGAAAAGUCAUGAUUGUCAUAUUCUUUUGCAGCGUAUACUCCCUCUUGCACUUUGUGGUGUGUUAUCGAAAGAAGUGUGUCAAUAUCUUAUUGAGUUAUCUUUAUUUUUUUGUGUUCUUGGAUCAAAGGAGUUAAGGAUGGAUGAGUUGAAACAUAUUGAAGAGCAACUUCCCAUCACACUUUACAAGUUAUAAAAGAUUCAGUAUGAAGAUUGAAAAUGAGGAUGGAUCAACUAUGAAGAGUACUAUCGGAUAUAGUUUCUGUGCGCCUGGUGCAAUUGGAAAGGGAUGAGGACGAGGGCUCAGAUCUUUGAUAACCAAUGGGAAAACUCUAACUAAGAGUUCAUUUUAUCAACCUAAUGAUCUAGUUAAGAAACACAUCCAAGAAGUAGAAAAAAGUUCUACUGGGAAAGGGCAAGGAAAAGAACUUACAAACUCUGCCAGGUGUUCUAGUCAAGUAAUGGGAAAGGAGAUAUGUCAGAACUCCAUGGUUCAUGAGAACGAGUAUAUGCAAGUUGAUACUCCAUUUUAUCCAUCGACUAAUCAAGUUCAGCAAUUCACCAAAGAGGCUGAAACAAGUGUUAUUGGGAAGGGACCAUAAAGACUUAAAACCAUAACCAUGUCUUGUAGUCAAGGAAUAGGAACGCUAUGUAAGAACUCCAUGGUUCGUGAAAACGAGAAUAUGCAAGUUCAUACUCCAUUUUCUCCCUCAACUAAUCAAGUUAAGCAAAGGACCAAGGACGCUGAAAUAAGUGCUAUUGGGAAGGGACUAGGACUUAAAAACUUUACCAUGUCUUCUAGUCAAGGAAUGGGAAUGAUACAUAAGAACUCCAUGGUUCAUGAGAACGAUUAUAUGCAAGUUCAUACUCCAUUUUGUCGAUUGACUAAUCAAGUUACAAAGCAACGCACCAAAGAGGCUGAAACAAGUGCUAUUGGUAAGGAAACAGAAGAAUUUCGUACUUCAUUUCCUCCAUCUACUAAUCAAGUUAAGCAAUGCACCAAAGAGGUUCAAAAAAAAGUUUUUAAGAAUAAUGUGGGAUCUAAUCAAGGAAUGCGAUCAAUAGAUAAUAAUCCUCUGAUUCUUGGGAAAGAGAACAUGCAAACCAAUAUUUCAUUACCUUCAUCUAUUGAUCAAGUUAUGAACCCUCUCCCCCGCCAAACUGCUGAAAUAGGUAUGAUACUUUAGAAUUCAUGUAUUAUUAAAUUUAUAGAAUUAAAUUUUAUUAGUAUAGUUCUUCCCAAAUUAUGCAGCUAUAGGAUCAUCCAAUCCUAGAAAGGUAAAAAGAGUUCAAGGGAGCAACAAGUGCAAGAAAUUUGCAUCACUUGAAGUCGGUCAGAAGUUGAAAAUAACCUUUUACAAUAAUUGAACGG